GAUGGGGACGAGGAGUCGAGCAACAGGCCGCACCCGAAGCACUUCCUGUUCUGCUUCCCGUGGAUCAAGAGUCGCAAGAUUCGGUCGCAGAUCCUGCAGUGUUUCGUGUCGGGCAUGUUCUUGGUGCUUCUCUUGACCGUCUAUCUCGCCCUGUUCGCUACCAGAAACAUCAGCAACAACGAAUUCUCCGUCCUGCUCAUCCUCAUCAUCCUGUUCUCCGCCAUCUUCUUCUUCCAGGGGCUCAUCCGCCUCUGCCUACAAAUCUUCCGGCCGAAACCCGUCGAAGAACGCCGACGCAGCAGGCUCCCGCAGAUGUAUGGCCCUGGCGGCUACGCGAUACCUCGACAGCCAAUCCGCGUGGUGCUCGCGCGCGACGAGGAGGCUGCUGGCAUCGAGAGCGAGGCGACUAAGACGAACCCGCCGGCCUAUGGACUCUGGAGGGAGAGCGUGCGUGUCGACCCAAACCGCAUCUACUGGCAGCGCAACACUGAAACCACGGCAUCCACGAUCGACGAGGAGGGCGGCUCCUCGUCCACACGGUCGCGCACCGGACCCCGCCCGCCCUCGUACGCGUCCGAGGAUGGUGUGAGCUACGUCGUCGAGGCACGGCCGCGGUCCAUUGCUCCGUUGUCAAACGUUGAAGUCGUUCCUAUGCCAUCGCCACUACCUGUGCAUCCGUCAGAGAUGGGAAGAAUUGCCACCCCGCCG